GGAAUGUUGCAUGCAGCCAUAGAUUACCGUCAGAGUAAAGCAUUAUCAUAUGGAACCGGAAUGGAACUUACGCGUACACCGGAAUUUAUGCCGUGGACAUCCACGUCUGGAACAUCUGGGGUCAGAACACUUAUUCAUAAACAGUUCAUGUUGACAUUAGACUCAGCCAUACCAGAGGUUAGAGAUUUAGAAACACGUGAACAGCUGUUUCAGCAUAUGAUAGCAUUAGCUGACAAUAUUCUAGAUGGUUACAACAGUCAGAUAGCCUCAAUAUGUAACAAUGAAGAUAUGGUAGAAUACACAAUGCAGGUUGAGGAACAAUAUAGACAAGAGAGACAUAAUCUGAUUGGUCCUUUCUUGGAACAUAAACAGUAUGAGAGGGCUGGUUCCCUGGCAGAGAAAUACUGUGACUUUGAGAUGUUGAUAAGAAUAUGUGAGGAGACCGGAAACCAGGAAAGGAUACAAAGAUACCAGCAACAGUUUGCUGACAAAGGUUUCUCAGAUUUCCUCUUCUCAUGGUACAUGAAAGAAGGGAAACAAGGGCGACUUUUAUCUUUACCAACACCCCAGCAAACACAGCUAAAUAGUUUUCUUCAAAAAGACGAAUUUGGCUAUCUUAAAUGGUUACAUGACAUCGAGUGUAAAGAUUUUUUAUCAGCUCACAAUACAUUAUUAAAUCUUGGUAGGAAUGAAGAAGAAUAUCUAGCUAAAAAGAAGACCCUGUUAAGUCUUGCUAAGCUUGCAGCGUUGGCUCAUGGUGAUGCAGACGAGCAGCUUAAAACUAAUAUAAGUGAUAUAGAUGAUGAACAAGAACUGAUAUUAAAUCAAGAGUUACUUCCUACAGAGUUAUUACAGACAAUGAAUGUUGAUGCUGAUCAUAUGAAAGUUUUAACUCCAUUAGAGUUAUUACAGUUAUACAUCUGUGACGAAAACACUUCAGCAACAGAAUAUGACUUCAAGAAAGCCCUUGAUCUCUUGCAGUUUCUCAAUCAAGAUGAUCCAGCCAUUGACUAUGAAACUAUUAGAAUAAGUAUAUGGUGUAAAGCUAUUCUUAGAGACAAAGCAAUAUGGACACACACUGCGACAGGUGAUCCUAUAGACAGUAUAAGAGAUACAAUAUUCUUCAAGACAAUUGAACUUGCUGUAACAGAUGGUUGCGAACCUUCAUCUCUUCUACCAGACUUCCAAUCAAUGCUCACAUGUGACACACUAUCUCCAGUAUCUACAGAUAAACAAUUACAGUUCCUACUUGGUGCUGUGUACGAGAUGGCAAACAAUUACACAUAAGAACUUGCAAUAACUUUUACCAUAGAUACAAGUUUGAUCUUGCUUUGAAAGAAUAUGGAUGGAAAUGGUCGUUGCUAAAAGGACGUUCAAUAGCUACUUGUUCUACUUAGAAUCUAGCAGUGUUGUUUAAAGAUAUUUGUUACGUUAGUGACACUGUUUUUGUUGAAACCACCAUAUUUGUUUCAUGUUACUUUGACCCAGCGUGUAGGCAAAUAUGUUAACAAUCUCCAAUCACUGUUCAACUACUAAAUCAACUUUAAUUGCACACAGUACAAAAUUAAAUUAGUUUAUAAGACUUUUAUAAAGUGUGGUAGAUUCUUCUGUGUAAUUCUUAGCAGUUUAUUUAUUUAUUGUAAAAGAACCAGUUGACUGGAAGCUACUUACAUCAGUCUUAUUAAGAUGUUCUGUAAGUAAAGGACAUUUGAAACAAUCGUUGUUUCUGAGUAAGUGGAAAAUAUAAAAAGUACAUAGUACUUAAUGACAGUUGUGCCAUAGAGCAUUAACUACACACAGGAAUUAAUGAUAUACAGUCUGUACAUUAAUUUGAAAUAUGUUUUUUAAUUGGAUCAAUGAAAUAAAUUUUGUGACUUUGGAGGAUAUUGUAAUAUUAAAUUUUAUUGUGCAUUUGUUGUAGAGAUAACAUAUGCAUUGCUAUGCAUUAGUUUGGAACUGAGCAAUCAUAGUAUAAGGGAUUUAAUAUAAAAAACAUUUAAAUCAAAGCAGCCACCAGGAUUUGAGUCUUCUCAGACUUGCACAAAUGUACCAAUUUGUAUGUUACCAUAAUGGUGGCAUGAACAAGUUAAUGGAACAAUUGUGCAUUUUUUUAACUGCGAUAAAUGUCAUUUGUAGACAUUGAAUGCUUGCUAGGUUGUGUAAGACAAUGUAUUAAAAGACUUGCAGCGAUUUCUUCGUUUUAUUAAAUAGUUUUUUACACAAGUCACUAAAAAUUACAACUUUUAAAAUUGUCGCACUAUAUCAAGAAUUACGACCAACACAACAAUAAAUUGGAUUCAGCUAUAAAUGAAGCUAAAGUUUA